GAACCCGGAAGUGGAGGAGGAGUCUCGGCGGCCUUGGCCCAGCGAGCAGACUCUGGCUGAGCCCUACCCCGGAGCGUGUGUGGGGUUGGGGGCGGGGGGCGGGCUGAAAGGCCUGGGCAGCCUGGCCCGAACGGGGCGGGGGAGGCCAUGGCCUCGGCAGAGUUGCAGGGGAAGUACCAGAAGCUGGCUCAGGAGUAUUCGAAGCUUCGGGCUCAGAAUCAAGUCCUAAAAAAAGGUGUUGUGGAUGAGCAAGCAAAUUCGGCUGCUUUAAAGGAACAACUGAAAAUGAAGGAUCAAUCUUUGAGAAAACUACAACAGGAAAUGGACAGUUUGACAUUUCGAAAUCUGCAGCUUGCCAAGAGGGUAGAACUACUUCAAGAUGAGCUAUCUCUAAGUGAACCCCGAGGCAAGAAAAACAAGAAAAGUGGAGAAUCUUCUUCUCAGUUGAGUCAAGAGCAGAAGAGUGUCUUUGAUGAAGAUCUGCAAAAGAAGAUAGAAGAGAAUGAACGAUUGCACAUACAAUUUUUUGAAGCUGAUGAACAGCACAAGCAUGUGGAAGCAGAGCUGAGGAGUCGGUUGGCUGCUCUGGAGACAGAAGCAGCCCAGCACCAAGCUGUGAUCGACGGCCUGACCCGGAAGUACAUGGAAACUAUUGAGAAGCUGCAGAAUGACAAGGCUAAGCUAGAAGUAAAAUCACAGACUCUAGAAAAAGAGGCCAAGGAAUGUCGACUUCAAACAGAAGAAUGUAAAUUACAGUUAAAGAAUCUUCAUGAAGAUCUGUCAGGUAGAUUAGAGGAAUCCCUAUCAAUCAUCAAUGAAAAAGUACCUUUUAAUGAUACAAAAUAUAGUCAGUAUAAUGCUCUGAACGUUCCACUCCACAAUCGGAGACACCAGCUCAAGAUGAGAGAUAUUGCUGGGCAGGCCCUGACUUUUGUUCAAGAUCUUGUGACAGCUCUUCUGAACUUUCAUACUUACACAGAACAGAGGAUUCAGAUUUUUCCUAUUGAUUCUGCCAUUGAUACUAUAUCUCCAUUGAAUCAGAAGUUCUCCCAGUACCUUCAUGAAAAUGCAUCCUAUGUCCGCCCUCUUGAGGAAGGAAUGCUCCAUUUAUUUGAAAGUAUUACUGAGGAUACUGUGACUGUCCUGGAAACAACUGUGAAGUUGAAGACUUUUUCAGAGCAUUUAACCUCCUACAUAUGUUUUCUUAGAAAGAUUCUUCCUUAUCAGUUAAAAAGUUUAGAAGAAGAAUGUGAAUCUUCUCUUUGCACAUCUGCAUUGAGAGCCAGGAAUCUAGAGUUGUCCCAGGACAUGAAAAAGAUGACAGCUGUGUUUGAGAAGCUGCAGACUUAUAUUGCUCUUCUCGCCUUGCCAAGUACGGAGCCAGAUGGACUCCUUCGGACAAACUACAGUUCUGUCUUAACAAAUGUUGGUGCUGCUCUGCAUGGAUUUCAUGAUGUCAUGAAAGAUAUUUCUAAACAUUAUAGUCAAAAAGCUACAAUAGAGCAUGAACUUCCAACAGCAACACAGAAGCUGAUAACAACUAAUGACUGUAUCCUCUCAUCAGUAGUGGCAUUAACAAAUGCAGCAGGAAAGAUUGCAUCUUUCUAUAGCAACAGUGUGGACUACUUCAUUGAUUCACUGAGCUAUGGGCCUAAAGCAGCGAGUGGAUUCAUUAGUCCUCUUUCAGCUGAAUGCAUGCUACAGUACAAGAAGAAAGCUGCUGCUUAUAUGAAGUCUUUGAGAAAGCCCCUUCUGGAGUCUGUGCCUUAUGAAGAAGCACUGGCAAAUCGCCGGAUCCUUCUCAGCUCUACCGAAAGCCGUGAAGGCCUUGCACAACAGGUCCAGCAGAGUUUAGAAAAGAUUUCAAAACUGGAGCAGGAAAAAGAACAUUGGAUGUUAGAAGCUCAGUUAGCCAAAAUAAAGCUAGAGAAGGAAAACCAGCGAAUUGCAGAUAAGCUGAAGAAUACAAGUAGUGGACAGUUGGUUGGGCCGGCCCAGGAAAAUGCUGCCGUGUCGAAUACUGCUGGCCAGAAGGAAGCUCCAGCCAAGUCUGUGCCAGAGGCCGUUCAGAGCACCAGUCUGAUUGGGAUUUUAACCAGGACAUCUGACAGUGAGGUUCCAGAUGUGGAAUCUCGUGAAGACCUAAUUAAAAAUCACUACAUGGCAAGGAUAGUGGAACUCACAUCUCAGUUACAGUUGGCUGACAGUAAGUCAGUGCAUUUUUAUGCUGAGUGCCGAGCACUCUCUAAAAGACUAGCCUUGGCUGAAAAGUCUAAGGAGGCAUUGACCGAAGAGAUGAAACUUGCCAGUCAGAACAUCAGCAGACUUCAGGAUGAGUUGACAACUACCAAGAGGAGUUACGAGGAUCAGUUAAGUAUGAUGAGUGACCACCUGUGCAGCAUGAACGAGACACUGUCCAAACAGAGAGAAGAGAUAGACACACUCAAGAUGUCCAGUAAGGUAUGUGAGGGAAAUUCUAAAAAGAACAAGAGUCGAUAGUUUCCACGUAGCUGGUUGGAGACUGUUCUUUCCAGAGCUGCUUCUGCUGCACAGAACUGCAGGGCCGAGACCCCAUGCCCAGUGCUGGUGGCCUCCAAGAAGCUGGAGUGCUGUUGGACUAGAGAACUAGGCAGUGGUAUAAAUGGCCUUGGGGCAUUUAAAACUUAUUUGUAACCAGGCAGUCAAACACAGAAUUGGAUGUUGGCUGUCAAAUGGAAAACAAUACACAUACCAUGGAUAUUGUAGGUUUCCUUAUGCUGUUUUUACUGUGCACUUUUUAAAAUUAGGUUUUAAUUUCAGUAUGUAAGAACAACAAAUAUUUUGUAUAUUUUCAAAUUCAAUUAUAUGGUAAAUCAAUUUGGUAUCUAUGAAAUAGAUAUAUGUUUCUGGAGAAAAGUGCUUAAAUUGUCAAACUGUCAUUACUUCUUACUAUAACUGAAAGCAGUCUUUGAAUUCUUUUUUAAAGAUUUGUUCACAUUCUCUCUGACAGGGAGGGAGUGAAUCUUGCAAACUUCAGAUCUUGUGGGUUAAUUAUCUCUUCAGCUCUUCAGUACCCUCUGUGUUAGAGUAAUAGCUAAAGGAAAUUCAUGUCAAUAAAUUCGUACUUAUAGCA